UGUCCUGAAUGAUGUGCAGCAGCUCCCGCUGCAGGUUCACGGUGAGACGGAGAGAAAGAGAGAGGGAGAGAGGAGCUAUCUGUGGAGCCGGAGCGCGCCACUCAUGGCUCAGGAGAGCGCGUGGAAACGCUGCGUGGAUCUGCGUACAUGAACCCGACCUGGAUCCGCACUCAGCGCACUAGCCCGCCAUGGGGGACGAUGGUGCGUCCUCGUCGCUCAACUUCCAGAAUGGCACCGGGGGCGAGGAGUCGGACGCACCGGUGUCCUCCUCCGCGUCCGAUCAGUGGAUGGCGGGCGUGAGUGUCUUGAUGGCGCUCAUCGUGCUGUCUAUUGUGUUCGGGAAUAUUCUGGUCAUCGUGGCCAUCGCCAGGACGCAGAGGCUGCAGACGCUCACCAAUGUCUUCAUCGUGUCACUGGCGAGCGCGGACCUCAUCAUGGGGCUGCUGGUGGUGCCGUUUGGCGCUGCGCUCGCGGUGCACGGCUCGUGGCUGUACGGCUCCUUUUUCUGCGAGUUCUGGAUCUCCGUGGACGUCCUGUGCGUCACGGCCAGCAUCGAAACCCUGUGCGUAAUCGCCAUAGACCGGUACGUGGCCAUCACCUCGCCUUUCCGCUACCAAAGCCUGCUGACCAAAGCGCGGGCCAAAGCCGUGGUGUGCGUAGUGUGGGCCAUCUCUGCGCUCGUCUCCUUCCUCCCCAUCCUCAUGCACUGGUCCCGGGACAGCGCGGACACGGACUGCUACGAGAACCCGGAAUGCUGCGACUUUGUCACCAACAGAGCAUAUGCCAUCUCCUCCUCCAUCAUCUCUUUCUACAUUCCUCUGCUCGUCAUGAUAUUUGUUUACGCGCGCGUGUACAGAGAGGCGAAAAAGCAGCUGAGGAAAAUCGACAAGUGCGAGGGCAGGUUUCACAACACCUUAACCGGACUCACCUCCAAGUGCAGGAAGAAACCGUCCAAGAUCCUGGCGCUCAGGGAGCAAAAGGCUCUCAAAACCCUGGGCAUCAUCAUGGGGACGUUCACCCUGUGCUGGCUGCCCUUCUUUAUAGUCAAUGUGGUGCGCGUGUUUUGCGCAGAGGUGGUGGACAAAGACCUGUUCGUGUUCCUCAACUGGCUCGGGUACGUGAACUCUGCGUUUAACCCCAUCAUUUACUGUCGGAGCCCGGACUUCAGGAAGGCUUUCAAGCGGCUGCUGUGCUGCCCGAGGCAGGCUGACCGACGCUUGCACAUCAGCUCCUGCGACCUGUCCCGCUGCUCCGGCGGCUUCGUCUCCACGCUGGAGCCCGGGACGCUGGGGAUGUGGUCUGAAUGCCCCGGUCUGGACACCAGUGACAGCAGCCUGGUGGGGCCCGCAAAGCUCCCUCACCGUGAGUCACAGUUAUGAGGGGGAAAAUUGUCUAUAACCACGAAAUAAAACUUUUUAUUGGUUUGGGUUUACAACAGUCUGGACAAAGAUGAGGCACUGACUGACGCAGCGUGUGCAUCUUUUCGUGGAAAACACGAGAUGUCGGUUGUUUUUGUUUUAUUCUAUUUAUUUUUUACAUUGGAGAAAACAAACAUCACAUCACCAGGAACUCAGCUGGAAAGCCAUAUUUUCUUCUUAUCAUUUUUGGGACAAAUGAUUGUUUCCAAAUGCGCACGUGCAGGGCCUCACCAUGACUUUAUGGGGCUCAAAGCCGAAAUUGAUUUGAUCCUCCUUCACAGCAUCCAACACUUGACUAUUGUCACUGAUUG